AUGUUUCGCACUGUGUAUUGCUCAUUCCUCUGGCACGCGGCGGUGGCUGGAAGCCAAGAAUUUGAGAAGUUCUGCGAUACGGAGAUUUAUCCGCCGUGUGAUGUGGGCUUGCCGGUGGGUCGAGACUCUCCGGGCCUCUGGACUGCAAACGCCACUGGCUUGUCCAUUAAAGCGAGCCGUUCGACCCGUCGUUUAAAUCCUGGACGUAGCUCUGAGCUUGGGUCCCCCAAGACGCGCCGUCCCUACGAAGAGUUGAGCCUGCCCGAGUCGCUGCAUGUGGAGGAGAAGACGGUGAUUGCCUUGCAUGCUGGGCAUGAUGGCUCCAUAGCCAUCGGCAAGGGUGGCAGGAUCCAGUGCGUGUUGGAGUUAGAAAGAUUGUUUGAGAAUCGGUACUUUAUACCAAAAGUCGAUCAUUUUCACGUUGACUGGCACAGGGCCGUUGAGACGGUAAGUGAGCACUGCGAGUGCGAACAGGGGCCCUGCCCGACAAGUUUCGACUAUGGCAUCAUGGUGAAUUUUGGGGGCGAUGUACCGGUGCAGCGGGCGCAGCUGCCACGCAUAGUAGAGAGAUUCUUUCAUGUUCGGGAGUGGCGGAAUGUCAAUCAUCAUGAGGCUCACGCGUUGAUGGGAUACUUUGCCUCGCCAUUUCGCUCAGCGUUUGUACUGUCCUAUGAUGGCGGUGGCAAUGAUGGCGUCUUCACUGCGUUUCUCGGAAGAGGCUUUGAGCUUCAUCGCAUUGGCAGAAAACCGCUGAACUUGGGCGUGGGAUAUUACAAGCUUGCCAGCUUCCUGCAGGAGGUGAAUGGAUAUCCUGACAUGCAAAAGAUGCUGUGUGAGGCGAUAGCGGAGCGUGACUCGGAUGGCGACUGGGUUGAGUUUGACAUGUUCUUCUCAGUUGCCACAUUUGUGACCUUUGCGGGCAAGUUGAUGGGAUAUUCCGGCCUGGCGGAGCCCUCCGAAGACAUCGGACGCUGGGUCCGCGAGUACUUCCACCGCUGGGCGUUUGGGUCGGAUUCAGUUCCGCGAGCUUUUCUCAGCAAAGUCUGCGAAGGAAUCGAGAGCCAGCGCGUGCUUGCAGCCACGAUUCAAGCCGAGUUUGAGCGUAUCGUGCAACCGAUUGUCCAAGACUACCUCCGCGAACUGCAGUCGAAGAGUAUCAGUGUGGAAGGGAUCGUUCUUACGGGAGGUUGUGCACUCAACGUGGUGGCCAAUCAGCUCGUGCGCGACACAUUGACGGAACUCAGAUCAACGCAGCCAGACUUGACGAAGCCACGCGAUGUGUAUGUUCCCCCGGCUCCCAACGACUCAGGACUGACUGUCGGGGCCAUCUGGGCUGUAGCACCACCUAUGGGUCCACGUCAGCCUCUACAGUAUCUGGGCUUCCGGCUGUGGGACCUUGAUAAACUCCUGAAAGAAGCAGAGGCGCGCGGGGCCCGCAGCCUCUCGCAACUUGGCGGCGUGGACUACCUGGCAGAGCUUCUGGCCGGCGGACCAGCAUGGACCGGCAACAAACCGAAGCACAAGAAACCGAUCAUAGCAGUUGUGCGGGGCAGGCAGGAGUUUGGGCCGCGUGCGUUGGGACACCGCUCUCUGCUGGCAGUGCCAGACUCGCAGGACAUGCGCGAUCGCAUGAACCGUCUGAAAUUUCGGCAGUGGUACCGGCCCGUGGCACCCAUGAUUGCCGAGGAGGCUCUGGAGGAAGUCUUUGGCUUCAAGUACAACUCUGCCUACAUGGAGUUUGCCCCGAAGGUGCGUGAUGAAGUCCGGGAACGGUUCCCAGCUAUCGCCCACUUUGAUGGCACAGCGAGGCACCAAUCCGUAAGCCGCGAAGAUGAGCCUUGGGUCCACGCGCUGCUUUUGGCAGUUGGAAAGCUGACCGGCCUUGCCGCGCUCAUCAACACAAGCUUCAAUUCCAAAGGCAAGCCAAUAGUCAACACUGUCGAGGCAUCACUGGAAAUGCUGGACCAGCUGGAAGAUCUCGAUUAUGUCCUCAUCGAGGACUGGCUGUUUCGAGCGCCAGCUGUUAAGCAGAAGGUUAAGAGCACGGAGUCGAAGCAUUCGAUCAUUUCAGGCAAAAGGUGCUUUGCUUGUGGCACUGCCAUUGCAAUCAGCUAG